AUGCUUGGGUGGGGUAUUAAUGUCCAUGGCCAACUUGGUUUAGGUCCAUCAGCAGUAACAAGUUUUAUUCCUACCCCACAACGUAUACCAUUUUUUAAUGAUUAUAUAUGUAUACAAGUUGCAUGUUCAUUAACACAUUCAGUAUUUUUACUUGAUGAUGGAAGUGUUUAUACAGCAGGAAAUAAUGAAUAUUCACAAUUAGGUCGAGAAGGUCGAACGACAAUACCUGAAAAAGUUAUUUUACCUCAACAAGCUAAUGUUGUUCAAGUUGCAUGUGGACAACAUUUUUCACUUUGUUUAACAUCAAAUGGAAAAAUAAUUAUUUGGGGUUCAUUAAGUGGAAAAGUAACAAAUGAUGAUGGAUUUUUUUAUGAAAAACCUGAAUAUUUGGGAGGUUUUAAUGAAAAACGAAUGAUACAGAUUGCUGCUGGAUAUACUCAUUGUCUUGGAUUAACUGAUGAUGGAACAGUCUAUGCAGCAGGAGUUAAUGCACAUGGACAACUCGGUUUAGGACAUAAUCAUGAUUGUGUUCGUGCAACUCCAAUUGGAUGUCUUCGAGGUAGUCCUAUUAUUUUUAUAGCUUGUGGUGCACAUCAUUCAUUGAUUAUAUCAAAAAGUGGAACUGUUUUUACAUGUGGUCUUAAUUCAUCAGGUCAAUUAGGUCUAGGUGAUACUGAUUCUCGUAUAUGGCCAAGUAAUGUUAAAUCAUUACAACAACAAAAAGCUACCUAUGCAUCAUGUGGAGAAAAACAUUCAGUUGUUAUUACACUUGAAGGAGGAGUUUUUUCAUUUGGAUCUAGUUCACAUGGACAACUUGGACAUAAUUCUACAUCUGAUGAACUAUUACCAAGAAAAAUAUCUGAAUUAAUGGGUUCAGAAGUUUCACAAAUAGCUUGUGGAAGAUCUCAUACAGUCAUAUUCAUGCCAAAUAUUGGUCACAUAUCCACAUUCGGAUUGGCUUGUGCAGGUCGUAUAGAUACAAAAUUAACUACAUAUGCAACAAUACCACAAAAAUUAGCAAUACCAUUUUUACCAUAUAAAACAAUGAAACAACUUAAUAGACAAGUAUCAACAGAUAGAAAUUAUACAUCAUCAAAUCGUAAAUACAAAUCCGGAGACACAAAAACUGUACAAACAAAUCUUCAAGUUAUUGGAAUAUAUGCUGGUGGUCAUCAAAUAUUUGUUCGAAUAUCUUCUCGAGCACACCGUCCAGAUGAUUAUCGAACUUCAUAUACCAAUCGUCCACUUCUUGAAUUAAAUCUUGAUUUUGCUAAAUGGCUCAAUAAUGCUUCACAAAGUUCAGAUACAUUUAAAGAUGUUGAAAGAAAAUUAGCUCGAUUAUUUAAUACUGAAGCAUGUUUAAAUGGUUCAUUUUUAUCAUUGCCUGAUACACAUUUUCGUACAUCAUCAAGUAAUCCAGGUAUUGAUCUUGAUCAAGUUAUUGCUGUUAUGGAAAAAUUACGUUCAUGUGAUCCAAAAAUUCAAGAAUUGUUAUUUGAACAUAUUCAAUCCAUACUUUUAACAUUACCUGAAACAGCUCCUUGUUUUGAAGCAUUACGUGUUUAUCUUGUUUUGCCAUUUUGUCAUAUAUUUGAAAAUGAAGAAUCAUUUGAAACUGUAACAGCACCAUUUGCACAAGCUGCUACACGUUUAAAAAAAACAGCUGAUGGACGAGUAUUAGAUUAUUGGAUAUUAAAUAUUGGAAGAAAAUUUGUACAAAGAAUAAUUGAAUUAUAUAAACCUCUCGUUAUUAAAAUUAUUCAAAUAAAUAGUACAGGUUCAGCUUUGGCAGCAGAACAAUAUCAAACAGUUUUAGAAGCUAUUUUAGAAUUAUUAAAGAAAGUUCAUAAUACACUCUGCGCAUUAGCUGUAUAUAAUAUAACAAUAAUUGACCUUCCAUUUCCCUUAGUUCUUUAUAAAAAACUAUUAAAUAAAACAAAAAUAGAUCUUGAUGAUAUGAAAUCAUUAUCUCCUACAAUACAUCAUAGUCUUAAAUCAUUAUUACAUUAUAAAGAAGAUGAUCUUGAAACAACACUUUGUUAUGCAUUUGAUAUUGAACGUGAAUUUUAUGGUGAAAGACGUCGUAUUGAACUUAAAACAGGUGGUUCAUCAAUAAUGGUUAAUCAAAAAAAUAAACAAGAAUUUAUUGAUUUAUAUAUUGAUUAUGUAUUUAAUAAAUCAUGUGAAAAACAAUUUCAAGCAUUUGCAUCUGGUUUUCGUCGUGUUAUAAAUUCGAAACCACUUGAAUUAUUUUAUCCUGACGAAUUAAUGUCAUUUGUUAUUGGCAAUACGAAUUAUGAUUGGAAUGAAUUUCAAAAAAAAACAGAAUAUAAAGGAGAAUAUCAUGCCAAUCAUCCGGUGAUUCAAUGGUUUUGGCAAGUAUUUCAUAAAUUAGUCGAAAAUGAGAAAAAGAAAUUUCUUUUAUUUUUAACUGGCUCUGAUCGUGUACCAGUUUUUGGAUGGAGCCAAACACUACCAAUGACAAUUCAAAGAAGUCAUACCGAUGAUAUACAUUUACCUGUUAGUCAUACAUGUUUUAAUAUACUUGAUUUACCAUCGUAUUCAUCAAAAGAAAUUCUGAAAACCAAAUUACUUGAAGCUAUUCAACAUAAUCAAGGUUUCAAUCUUGUUUAA